AUGGACGUCGACGGGCCGCCGGCGGCCGCGGCCGACGACGGCGCGGCGCUGAGCCGCGAGCCGCGCGUGGCCCAGGUCCUCGCGGCCGUGCCCUUCGUCGUGCCCUUCGUCCAGCGCGUGGCCCUGUUCCAGGCCCUGGUCGACGGCGACCGCCGCGCGCACCAGUCGGACGCCGCGGCGGCGCUCGCGGCGAUCCGGCCGCUCGGCGUCCGCGCGAAGGUGCGGCGCGACGCGCUCUUCGACGACAGUAUGGCGGCGCUGGCGGACCUGCCGGCGGACCAGCUCAAGUCGCGGGUCCAGAUCACCUUCGUCAACGAGGCGGGCCACGAGGAGGCGGGCAUCGACGGCGGCGGCGUCUUCAAGGAGUUUUUAGACGAGCUCUCGAAGGCCGCGUUCGACCCGGAGCGGGGCGGGUUGUUCCGCAGCGCGACGGACGGCGCGCUCUACGCCGGCGGCGGCGCGCGGGACGCGUCCACGCUGCGCAAGUACGAGUUCUGCGGCCGCGUCAUCGCGAAGGCGCUCUACGAGCGCGUCCUGGUCGAGCCGCGGUUCGCGCGGUUCUUCCUCAACAAGGCGCUGGGCAAGUACAACUACUUCGACGAUUUGAGGUCGUUGGACGCGGGCCUCUACGCCCAGCUGUCGCGGCUGAAGAACCUCGACGACGCGGACCUCGCGGCGCUGGAUCUGCGCUUCGAGGUCACGUCCGUCGACGCGCGCGGCCGGCCCGGCGACGUACCGCUCGCGCCGGGCGGCCGGGACACGGCCGUCGACGCGUCGAACCGGGCGCGCUACGUCCAGCUCGUCGCGCACCACCGCCUCAACGUCGAGACGCGGCGGCCCUCGGCCGCGUUCCUCCGGGGCCUCCGCGCCGUCGUGCCCGCGCGGUGGCUCAAGAUGUUCGACGCCGAGGAGCUCCAGACUUUGGUUUCGGGCGACGACCGGCCCCUGGACGUCGAGGACUGGCGGGCCCACGCGCACUACGGCGGCGGCUACCACCCGUCGCAGCCCAUCAUCGCGUGGUUCUGGGAGGUCGUCGCCGAGUUCUCGGCCGAGGACCGCGCGGGGCUCCUGCGCUUCAUCACGUCCUGCAGCCGGCCGCCCCUGUUGGGGUUCAAGUGCCUCAACCCGCUCAUCUCCAUCCACAAGGUCCAGAUCGCGAGUGACGAGGAGCGGCUCCCCACGGCGGGCACGUGCAUGAACCUCCUCAAGCUCCCGAACUACUCAUCCAAGGCCGCGCUCAAGGAGAAGCUCCUCUACUCCAUCCGCAACGCCCACGGCUUCGAGCUCUCCUGAGGACGGGGGUGCUACUUAAGGGGGCGCCGUCGCCGUC